AUGUACACCAGCAUCCUCUUCAGCACAUUCCUAGCCACGGCAUUUGCGGCACCGCUUGUCCAACGACAGUCUCCUCAGACUGGCGGGAAUGAUAGCUGGCAACCCGCGUCAGACACAACCACAACAUGCGCCACAUCCGACAAGUCGAUCAGCUUCGUGCGUGGGCCUCAGCUCGAUACCGUGCUCGAUAACGCCUGCGCUGCUAUGAUGCCUCCUUGCGCUUAUCAAGACCGCGUCGCUAAGGGUACAGUCUGCACCGCAACUGUCGAUUACCCGCUUGACGGCCCCAAGAGCAACACACAGCACGCCAACGUAGUUGACAAAGAUGGAAACAGCAUUAGCGGUUGGGACAUCAAGUUCGAUGUCACCCCAGCUACCCAGCCUGACAACUCUGCUGGUGUUUUCUGGAAGGUCGAAGACUGCUACGGCUACUUCGCCCGCAUGCUCGAGAAGUCGGGAUCAGAAGGCUGUCAUAACGGCGUGGGUUCUGGUAUCGGAAGUGCCAAGGUCGGCGGUGACAGCUCGUUGGCUGACACGGAGUUCAAGGUCACCAUCGUGACCAGGGAAGCUUAA